GGACAUGGUAAAACACAUAACAGAAACGUUACUUCUCUGCCUCGUCUCCUUCCUCGCUGCCGUCCUUACCUCUUCUCCACGAAAUCUGCCAUUGCUGCUUGUUUCUCUUCUGCAGCCUCGCUAGGCAUCUGCAGCUUCGCUAGGCAUCGCUAACAUGCCCUCGAUGGCCACCACCGCAGCGCCCGCGGCCGAUCUCUCGGCGCCCGAUAAGCAGCAGGACUCGGCUCUUCCGGAGCUCACUACGAAAUUCAUGGUGGACAUGAAAUGUGAGGGAUGUGUAACAGCUGUGAAAAACAAGCUGCAAACUCUUGAAGGAAUAAAAAACAUUGAGGUGGACUUGUCUAACCAAGUUGUUAGGGUUCUGGGAUCUCGUCCAGUGAAGAUAAUGUUAGAUGUCCUUUAUCAAACAGGUCGAGAAGCACGACUGAUUGGACAAGGGAACCCAAAUGAUUUCUUAGUUUCUGCUGCUGUAGCUGAGUUUAAAGGGCCAGUUGUAUUUGGUGUUGUUCGUCUGGCCCAAGUAAACAUGGAGUUGGCUAGAGUGGAAGCCACGUUUAGUGGUCUAUCACCUGGUGAACAUGGAUGGUCAAUAAAUCAGUUUGGGGAUUUGACAAGAGGUGCAGAAAGCACUGGCAACAUAUAUAAUCCGCCAGAUCAUUUAUCUGAUAAACCACUUGGUGACCUGGGAACUCUAGAAGCUGGAGAGAACGGGGAAGCCCAUUUCUCAGGACCGAAGGAGAAAUUGAGAGUAGUUGAUUUGAUCGGCCGCUCGAUUGCUUUGUAUGCAGCGAAGGACAAAUCAGACCCUGGCAUCGCCGCAGCGGUGAUUGCAAGAAGUGCCGGCGUAGGAGAGAACUACAAGGAACUCUGCACUUGUGAUGGUGUCACCAUUUGGGAAUCAAGCUAAACCUGCUAGCAGCAAAUUUUCCGUACUAUUUGCUUCC